CGACCACCCCUCUUUCAUCCUGUCUCAUAACCUCAAAAAGUCUUUAUCCAUCGGAAUCACUACAAUACCCGCAGAAUGACUGUGACUGAAUCACCUUUUACCAUUGACAACCUUCCGUAUGGGGUGAUUUCCACCCCCGAAAAGCCAACUCCGAGAUGUGCCACGGCUUUGGAAGAAGACGCCAUCGACCUGAGUGCACUCGAAAGAGAUGGAUACUUUAAGUCCAUUCCAGGGUUCGAAGGCGAGGUCUUUUCCAUGCCAACCCUAAACACGUUCGCCUCUCUCCCCAAAGAAACGCACGUCCAGACCAGAGCAGCGCUUCUCGACCUCCUUUCGGACAAUGAUAUUCGCAAGGCCUAUGCCAUUCCACUGUCGAAAGUGCAAAACCACCUUCCGAUGGAAACGAAGAACUUCAGCGACUUUUACUGCUCGCUCGAGCACACUAGAAAUUGCUCUGAGCUCUUCUCCCUCAAACCCCCACCUUCAUGGUUCGUCAUCCCCUCCGUUUACAACGGGAGGCAGAGCAGUCUCCGUAUUUCCGGAACUCCAAUCCGUCGACCCUGGGGUGUGACAAUCGAUCCUAACAGACCAAAUGACCCUCCUGCCUUCAGACCCAGUUCACGCUUCGACUUUGAGCUGGAAAUGGGAGUUUAUCUAUCUCAUCCUCUUCCCCCUGGAGAGAUUCUCGACAUUAACAACGCAAAAGACCACAUAUUCGGCCUAGUGAUACUAAAUGACUGGUCUGCAAGGGAUAUCCAAUCGUUUGAGAUGGCGCCGCUGGGGCCAUUCCACAGCAAGGGAUCUGGAACAAGCAUUUCGCCGUGGAUUAUACCUAUUGAGGCAUUGGAGGGAUCACUCUGCCAUGCUAGGCCGCAGGAUCCCGCCCCGUUGAGACAUUUGGCCUGGAAGGGCGAGGAAGAUGAGGCUACGUUUGAUAUUGAGUUGACUGCGAGGGUCAUUCGGAAGGGUAAAUCAUACACAGUUACGGAAACGAAUCUAAAGGAACUCUACUGGACACCAUUCCAGCAGAUUACUCACCUUUGUAGUGCCGGCGAGGGCCUCUCGACAGGUGAUAUUUUUGGAACCGGCACCAUAACCAGUGAUCGUACCAACGACCAAGGCGAGCAAAUCGGAGUUGCUUGUCUUCUCGAACGGGGUCUGGAAAGGAAUAUUCUCUCUGAAGCCAGCAAGGAUGGUCUGCAGUUUCUAGAAGACGGGGACGAGGUGGUCAUGGAAGGAUGGUGCGUCAACCACCUCACUGGGGGAAAAUUCGGCUUUGGGGAAUGUCGUGCCAUGAUUCUUCCUGCUUUGGCUGAGGGAUCGUGGGAGUGAUGUCGCUUCACAAGUACCCACCGCGCGAUUGUAUUGCUGCAUGAAUACCAUGAACUAGUAUGGAGUACGGAGUACUCCAUACUAGUUCAUGACAUCUGCCUACAUCAAGAUAUAAAUUGUCUACGGGAAUCCACACAAAGCCACAUGACCCCCUCAACCAAUC